AUGACACGAUUGGUGUUACUCCUGUGUUGGGUGGCGACGGUGACAGCAUUUGAACCUAUACAGCAACGAUACCACGAUAAUGUGGGAGUCCCACUCGCUGAGGCAAUCAGACAAGCUGAGCUGUCAACAGAUUUCGAUGGAUCCAGAAUUGUAGGCGGAUCACCAGCCGCUCUCGGAGAUUAUCCUUACAUGGGUGGACUAUUGAUGUUACUGGACGAUGGUCGCACGUCUAUCGGAGGCUCCACAUUGAUUAGCAACACCAAGGUGUUAACGGCCGCUCACAAUCUGUUCGAUGGCUUCAAUAGGGCACGCGAAGUCACCGUCGUACUCGGCUCCGUUCACAUCUUCUCUGGAGGCACCAGGAUCACUUCUAACGUCUUCGAAUUACACAGCGGCUUCGAUAUUAGAACCAUUAACAACGACAUUGCUAUAAUCACCAUCAGUUGGGUGAACUAUAACAAUGUGAUCAGGAACAUUGCCCUGGCGACCGGCAGUAACACGUACGCCGGCUCGUGGGCCUGGGCUGCCGGCUUCGGGAAGACCAGCGAUCUCGGUUCCGCUUCUCCGGAUUUAUUACACGCCAGAUUACAAGUAAUCACGAACGCCGCCUGUCGCGACGUGUUCGGGUCAUUAUUUGUCAUAGACUCCACUCUCUGUGUCAGCGGAGCUAAUCGCAUCAACACGUGCAUUGGGGACUCCGGUGGCCCUCUCGUCGCCGACAACCAUCUUAUCGGUGUGACAUCGUUCAGUUCUGGUCGUGGUUGUGAAGCCAACUUGCCUUCAGGCUUCGCGAGAGUCAGCGCUUUCAACUCUUGGAUAAGAGCCCGAAUGUAA